GACAGGAGAAGCACCGCUCCGCUGCCUGCUGUCAGUGGUGGCUUUCGGAGUCUAGGCAGGCUCUUCUACAGCCAUGGCCGAAGGUGGUGAAGGGGAAGAUGAGGUUCAGUUCUUACGAACUGAUGAUGAGGUGGUGCUGCAGUGUGUCGCUGCCAUUCAGAAGGAGAAUCGCAAAUUCUGCCUUUCAGCAGAGGGACUCGGCAACCGCCUGUGUUAUCUAGAGCCCACAUCAGAGGCGAAGUAUUUUCCUCCUGACCUAUGCAUCUGUAACUUUGUGCUGGAGCAGUCGCUCUCAGUGCGGGCUCUGCAGGAGAUGCUCGCCGGGCAGAGCGGUGAAGGAAAUCCUGAUCAUGAGCAAUGGGCAGCACAGGGAGGUGGACAUCGGACACUGCUCUACGGUCACGCCAUCCUCCUUAGGCAUUCCUUCAGUGGAAUGUAUCUCACAUGUCUAAAGACUUCCAGGUCUCUGACAGACAAACUGUCUUUUGAUGUUGGCCUUCAAGAGGAUUCAACUGGGGAAGCUUGUUGGUGGACAAUUCACCCGGCAUCCAAGCAGAGGUCAGAGGGUGAAAAGGUACGCAUUGGAGAUGACCUCAUCUUGGUCAGCGUGUCCUCUGAGAGGUACCUGCACCUCUCCAUCUCCAAUGCAAGUAUUCAAGUGGAUGCUUCAUUUAUGCAAACACUGUGGAACGUUCAGCCUACCUGCUCCAGAAGCAACAUGGAAGUGGGAUUUCUUCUGGGUGGGCAUGUGAUGCGCUUGUUCCAUGGGCACGACGAGAGCCUCACCAUACCAGGAUCCGAGCAAAGCCAAGAGCAACAGAGAGUGGUGAACUAUGAGACCGGCAAAGGAGGGUCCAAGGCCAGGUCUUUAUGGAGACUGGAGCCUCUUCGGAUAAGCUGGAGCGGGAGUCACAUCAGAUGGGGUCAGCCCUUCCGCCUCCGCCAUCUCUCCACCGGUCACUAUCUGGGCCAGACAGAGGACAAUGGCCUGAUACUGCUGGACAGAGAGAAGUCUGACACCACUGCAACAGCCUUCUGUUUCCGGUCAAGCAAGGAAAAGAUUGACUCCGGCCCAAAGCGUGAUAUUGAUGGUAUGGGCGUCGCAGAGAUCAAAUACGGCGAUUCAGUCUGCUUCAUCAUGCAUGUGUCCACGGGCCUGUGGUUGUCCUACCAGGCGCCUGAUGCCAAAUCUUCUCGCCUGGGACCACUGAAGAGAAGGGCUGUCCUGUCUCUUGAGGGCCAUAUGGAUGACGGGCUGACUCUGCAGCUUUGCCAGCAUGAGGAGUCCCGGGCGGCUCGCAUCAUUCGUAAUACCACUCGCCUCUUCACUCAGUUCAUCAGGGGUCUGGAUGGUUUGAAUGGGGAGAAGACUACAGAGGUGACACUGCCUGUGUGUGAAGUGCUGCAGACACUAAACGACCUCAUCGAGUACUUCCAGCAGCCUGACUCUGAGCUCGAACAUGAGGAGAAACAGAGGCAGCUCCGAUCUCUCAUCAAGCGCCAAGAUCUCUUCAAAGAAGAGGGAAUGCUAACCCUGGUCUCACACUGCAUCGAUCGUCUAAAUGUGUACAACAGUGCCGCUGAGUUCGAGGAGUUAGCAGGCGAGGAGGCCGGUGAGGCCUGGAAGGACAUUCUCAACCUCCUCUAUGAGCUUCUGGCCGCUCUGAUUCGAGGCAACAGGACCAACUGCACACAGUUCUCUCGCAAGCUGGAUUGGCUGGUCAGCAAGCUAGAGAGAUUGGAGUCCUCAUCAGGCAUUUUAGAGGUGCUUCACUGUAUCCUAAUCGAGAGUCCAGAAUCUCUGAACAUCAUUCGGAAGGCCCACAUCAAAUCCAUUAUUUCUCUGCUGUACAAGCAUGGACGCAACCACAAGAUUUUAGAUGUUCUCUGUUCCCUGUGUGUCUGCAAUGGUGUGGCUGUGAGAGCCAAUCAGAACUUCAUCUGUGACCACCUGCUUCCCAGGAGAGACCUGCUGCUCCAGACACGAUUGGUCAAUGAUGUCCAAAGUAUGAGACCCAAUAUCUUCCUGGGCAUGAGUGAGGGCUCGGCACAGUAUAAGAAAUGGUACUUUGAGCUGAUCAUCGAUCAAGUAGACCACUAUGUGACCAAUGAGCCCACCCACCUUCGUGUCGGCUGGGCCACCACCAAAGGCUACGCCCCCUAUCCUGGGGGUGGAGAGGGCUGGGGAGGAAAUGGUGUGGGUGAUGAUCUUUACUCCUAUGGUUUUGAUGGGCUUCAUCUGUGGUCAGGGCGAAUCCCACGGGCCGUGGCCUCUAUUAACCAGCACUUGCUGAAUUCAGAUGAUGUUGUGAGCUGCUGUCUGGAUCUCGGAGCCCCUAGCAUGUCUUUCCGAAUUAACGGUCAGCCCGUUCAAGGCAUGUUUGAAGACUUCAACGUAGAUGGCUUCUUCUUUCCCGUCGUCAGUUUCUCUGCAGGGGUCAAGGUCCGUUUCUUGUUGGGUGGACGCCAUGGAGACUUUAAGUUCCUCCCUCCAGCAGGCUAUGCACCAUGUUAUGAAGCCCUGCUCCCUAAAGAAAAGAUGCGUGUGGAGCCUGUGAAGGAGUAUAAAAGAGACCUGGAGGGAGUGAGAGAUCUGCUGGGCACCACAGAGUUCCUGUCCCAGGCUUCCUUCAUUCCUGUUCCUGUUGAUACCAGCCAGAUUGUCCUGCCUCCACAUCUUGAAAAUGUGCGGGACAAGUUAGCUGAGAACAUCCAUGAACUCUGGGGCAUGAACAAAAUAGAGCUUGGCUGGAUGUAUGGCAAGAUCCGAGAUGACAACAAGAGACAGCACCCUUGUCUUGUUGACUUCACUAAACUGCCAGAAACAGAAAAGAAUUAUAACCUGCAAAUGUCAGCUGAAACUUUGAAGACCCUACUUGCUUUGGGAUGCCAUGUUGCACAAGUCAAUAUAAAUGCUGAAGACGACCUGAAAAAAAUGAAACUCCCCAAGAACUACAUGAUGGCAAAUGGUUAUAAACCUACACCACUGGACCUUUCUGAUGUGAAACUGACACCUGGUCAAGAGGUUCUAGUUGAUAAACUGGCUGAAAAUGCUCAUAAUGUUUGGGCCAAAGAUCGCAUUAAACAAGGAUGGACCUAUGGUAUUCAGCAGGAUUUGAAAAACCGUCGUAAUCCACGGCUGGUGCCAUAUGCUUUAUUGGACGAACGCACAAAGAAAUCAAACAGAGACAGUCUUCGAGAGGCCAUCCGUACUCUGGUUGGAUAUGGAUAUUUCAUAGACCCACCUGAUCAGGAGACUGCUCACAUAGAGAAGGAGGGCAUUGAAUCCAUCCGUCUCUUCCGUGUGGAGAAGACCUACGCGGUGAAGACAGGGAAGUGGUAUUUUGAGUUUGAGGCACUCACUGGAGGUGACAUGCGGGUGGGCUGGGCACGGCCCGGAUGCAGACCUGAUAUGGAACUGGGACUAGAUGACCAGUCCUUCAUCUUUGAUGGCUAUAGGGGCCGCCGGGUUCAUAUGGGCAGUCAUUUCUUUGGGAGGACGUGGACUAAAGGAGAUGUGGUGGGCUGCAUGAUCAAUAUGGAGGACAAAUCCAUGAUAUUCACCCUGAAUGGAGAGAUCUUAAUCACCAACAAGGGAUCUGAGCUCUGCUUUGCUGACUUUGAAACUGAAGAUGGAUUCAUCCCAGUGUGCAGCCUGGGUCUUUCCCAAAUUGGCCGCAUGAAUUUAGGAAAAGAUGCUAGUACUUUUAAGUACUACACUAUGUGUGGCCUUCAGGAGGGCUUUGAACCCUUUGCUGUGAACAUGAAUCGAGAGGUCACCAUGUGGUUCAGCAAACGCCUGCCUACAUUUGUUAAUGUACCAGAGGACCACCCCCAUAUUGAGGUUACUAGAAUUGAUGGGACUGUGGACACACCUCCAUGUCUAAAGGUGACACACAAGACAUAUGGGACCCAGACCAGCAAUGACGACAUGGUCUGUUGUCGUCUGAGCAUGCCUGUUGAGUUCCACUCUGGUCCUCGGAAGAUCACUGAUAUCAAUGAGGUGAUCGCUGAGGACCAAAGAGCCAAGAAGGAUGAUGGAGGCAAGAUUGAUUAUGGCAGCAUUACAAAGUACUUCUACUCUGUGAGAGUGUUUGCUGGACAAGAUCCAUCAUCCGUUUGGGUGGGCUGGGUUACACCAGACUACCACUACUACAGCAAGCAAUUCAGCCUCAGCACAGUUCGCACCGUCACUGUAACGCUGGGAGAUGAGCGAGGACGUGUUCACGAGAGUGUGAGGAGAGGUAAUUGUUACAUGGUCUGCGCUGGGGAUGUUGUCAGCGGCUCCACAGGCCGUAGUAACACUGAUCUGGAGAUUGGCUGUUCCAUAGAUCUGGUCUCAGGCCUGGUCUCAUUCACUGCCAAUGGUAGAGAACUGCCUACUGCAUACCAGGUUGAGCCUAACACUAAGCUCUUCCCUGCUGUUUUUAUUCAACCCACAAGUCCCAACCUCUUCCAGUUUGAGUUUCCAAAAAUCCCAGAUGCAAUGCCCCUGUCUUCAGCCAUCUUUAAGAGUUUACAAAGAAACCCAGAGCCCCAGUGUCCUCCUCGGCUGGAUGUGCAGACAAUCGUGUCUGUGUUGUGGAGCAGAAUGCCCAACACCUUCCUGUCGGUGGAGACGGCCCGUGUGAGUGAGAGGCAUGGCUGGGUGGUGCAGUGUCUGGAGCCCCUGCAGAUGAUGGCUGUUCAUAUCCCAGAGGAGAACAGGUGUAUUGACAUCAUGGAACUAUCAGAAAUUGAAGAUCUACGGCAGUUCCACUAUCACACUUUAAAGCUCAUCUGUGCCCUUUGUGCAUUGGGAAACACCCGCGUUGCUCACGCGCUCUGUAGCCAUCUUGACCAAUCGCAGCUCCUGUACACUAUUGAUAACCAGUACCUGUCUGGUCAACUGCGUGAAGGCUUUUACGAUGUCCUCAUCAGCAUUCACCUGGAGACUGGCAAAGAGGCCCAUCUCAUGAUGAACAAUGAGUUUAUAAUCCCAGUAACGGAUGAGACAAGGAGCAUCCGCCUCUUCCCUGACGACUCUAAGCGUCACUCUCUUCCUGGCGUAGGCUUGAGCACUUCACUUACCCCUCGCCUCAACUUCACCCCUCCAUGUUUCAUUAUCCCCAAGCGCGAUCAGCCUCUCUUCAGCCCUCAAAUCCCUCUGGGUAUCCUGAAGGAGAAAGCCAUCAGUAUGCUUACGGAAGCCGUGCAGGGCGGAGGCGCCCACAUUCGAGAUCCUGUGGGCGGAAGCGUUGAGUAUCAGUUUGUGCCAAUUCUCAAGCUGAUUGGCACCCUGCUGAUAAUGGGGGCGUUGACCAGCGAGGAGGUGAGGACCAUCCUGCUUCUCAUUGACCCCAGUGUGUUUGGGGACGGUAAGGAGGAGGAGGAGCAAAUGGCAGUGGCGGAACAGGGAGCGGAGAAAGAGGAGGCCGCCAGUAAUGAAGAGAAGGCUGUGGAGGCAGGGGAGGAGGAGAGUAAAGAGGCCAAGCAGUCCCCCAAAGGUCUUCUAGAGAAAAGCUUGCCUGAAUCAGUCAAACGGCAGAUGUGUGAGCUGCUGCACUAUUUCUGUGACUGUGAGCUGAAGCAGCGCAUUGAGGCUAUAGUGGCCUUCUCAGAUGAUUUUGUGUCCAAGCUGCAGUUCAAUCAGAAGUUCCGCUACAAUGAGUUGAUGCAAGCCCUCAACAUGUCAGCUGCUGUCACUGCCAAGAAGACAAGAGAGUUCCGCUCACCUCCCCAAGAGCAGAUAAACAUGUUGUUGAACUUCAGUGCUGGUGAUGAUUGCACCUGCCCUGAGGAGCUGCAAGAGGAGCUUCAAAGCUUCCAUGAUGACCUGCGACUACAUUGCGGCAUCCCUAUGGAAGAGGAAGAGGAGGAACAGGACACAUCUCUUAAAGGCCGCCUAAUGUCCCUGGUAUAUAUGAUUAAAGGUCGUCCCCAAAAGACUGAGGAAAAACCAACAGAGCAAGAACAGGCUGCUCCAACCAACCUGAAGGAGCUGAUAUCUCAGACUAUGGUCACCUGGGCUCAGGAGUGCAAGAUCCAAGACUCGGCACUGGUCCGCAGCAUGUUCAGCCUUUUGAGAAGGCAGUAUGAUGGCAUCGGUGAGCUGCUCAGGGCCUUGAGGAAGAGCUACACCAUCAGUGCCAAGUCUGUAGGAGACGCGAUCAACCUGCUGGCCUCCUUGGGCCAGAUCCGUUCACUACUUAGUGUCCGCAUGGGGGAAGAGGAGGGCCAGCUCAUGAUCGACGGCCUGGGGGACAUCAUGAACAACAAAGUGUUUUACCAGCAUCCAAAUCUUAUGCGUGUUCUUGGCAUGCAUGAGACAGUAAUGGAGGUCAUGGUCAAUGUGCUGGGAGGAGGCAAGGAUAAGGAGAUUGCCUUCCCCAAGAUGGUGGCCAGCUGUUGUCGCUUCCUGUGCUACUUCUGUCGCAUCAGCCGUCAGAACCAGAAGGCUAUGUUUGACCACCUGAGCUACCUCCUGGAGAACAGCAGUGUGGGACUGGCAUGCCCAGCCAUGAGAGGCUCCACACCUUUAGAUGUGGCUGCUUCUUCUGUGAUGGACAACAACAGUUUAGCUCUGGCACUCGAGGAACCUGAUCUUGAGAAGGUGGUGACAUAUCUGGCAGGCUGUGGCUUACAGAACUGCCCGAUGCUCAUUGCCAGGGGAUACCCAGACAUUGGCUGGAACCCAAUAGAAGGAGAACGCUAUUUAUCCUUCCUACGGUUUGCUGUCUUUGUCAAUGGUGAAAGUGUUGAAGAGAACGCUAAUGUAGUGGUGAAGCUUUUGAUCAGGCGUCCGGAGUGCUUUGGACCUGCUCUCAGAGGAGAGGGAGGGCAAGGUUUACUCGCUGCUAUGAAGGAAGCCAUCAAGAUCUCAGAAGAUCCUGCUUUAGACCUGCCUAACUUACCCGAGGGGGCUGCACCCAUUGUUGGAGAGGAUGAAGAGGAGGAGGAGGUCGCCCACAUGGGCAACUCUAUUAUGUCUUUCUACUCAGCCCUUAUUGAUCUUCUGGGCCGCUGUGCACCUGAGAUGCAUCUUAUAAACAAAGGCAAAGGUGAAGCACUGCGUAUCCGUGCUAUCCUCCGUUCCUUAGUUCCCACUAAAGAUUUGGUGGGAAUUAUCAGUAUUCCACUCAAAAUGCCGGUCGUCAAUAAAGAUGGCACUGUGACGGAGCCAGAUAUGAAUGCCAGCUUCUGUCCGGAGCACAAGGCACCCAUGGUGCUUUUCCUGGACCGUGUCUAUGGUAUUGACGACCAGAGCUUCUUGAUGCACCUACUGGAGGUGGGCUUCCUGCCAGACCUGCGAGCAUCAGCCUCCCUGGACUCGGAGGUGCUCAGGACCACAGAGACAGCCCUGGCCAUGAACCGCUACAUUGGAUCCGCAGUGCUUCCUCUGUUGACCCGCUGUGCUUACCUGUUCGCUCACACUGAGCACUAUGCAACGCUCGUUGACUCUACGCUGCAUACCAUCUAUCGCCUCUCAAAGGGCCGAUCACUCACCAAGGCCCAGAGAGAUGCUAUUGAUGAAUGUCUACUGGCCAUCUGCAUGAAUCUGAGGCCAUCAAUGCUACAGCAACUUGUACGUCGUCUCGUGUUUGAUGUUCCACAGCUUACAGAGUACUGUAAGAUGCCCAUUAAGCUGUUGACCAAUCACUAUGAGCAGAACUGGAAGUACUACUGUCUGCCAACAGGCCUGGGCAGCUAUGGAAUGGCAUCAGAGGAGGAACUCCACCUCACCAAGAAACUCUUCUGGGGACUUUUUGAUGCUCUUUCUCAAAAGAAAUUUGACGCAGAGCUUUUCAAAAUGGCCAUGCCAUGUCUGAGUGCCAUAGCUGGUGCCAUACCACCUGAUUAUGUUGACUCCAGCUCAGGUUCCGCAUUAGUUAAGCAGGUCUCUGUGGAUGCACAAGGCAACUUUGACCCCCAGCCUAUUAACACUGCAAACAUCUCGCUGCCUGAAAAACUAGAUUACGUUGCAAGCAAGUUUGCUGAGCAUUCCCAUGAGAAAUGGUUCUCUGAGAAGAUCGCUCUCGGCUGGACUGCGGGAGAUAAAGUACAUGACAAAGCUAAAACUCAUCCACUUCUGAAACCGUACAAAGCACUGAGUGAAAAGGAAAGGGAGACUUACCGCUAUCCUGUGAAAGAGACUCUAAAGAGCAUGCUGGCAAUGGGAUGGAACAUUGAGAGGACCAAAGAAGGAGAGGCCAUGUUCCAGCAAAAGGAAACAGAAAAGCAGCGCAAGAUAUCAGAGUCCUCUCAGAGUGAGUUUACUCCAGCCCCACAAGAUUUGGAAAAUGUUAUUCUAUCAAGAGAACUACAGACAAUGGUUGAAACAGUUGCAGAAAAUUACCACAACAUUUGGGCAAAGAAGAAGAAAAAGGAACUUGACAGUAAAGGAGGAGGAAGUCAUCCAUUGUUGGUACCGUACGACACGCUGACGGCAAAGGAAAAGUACAGAGAUCGAGAGAAGGCCCAGGAACUCUUUAAAUUCCUGCAGGUCAAUGGAUACGCCAUCAGCAGAGGUCUGAAGGACAUGGAGCAGGAUUCCUCAUCUAUGGAAAAGAGGAUUGCCUAUAAGUUCCUCAAGAGGCUCUUGAAUUAUGUAGAUUCUGCACAGGAGUUUAUCGCCCAUCUUGAGGCUAUGGCUACCAGUGGGAAGACAGAAAAAUCUCCCCAUGAUCAAGAGAUCAAGUUUUUUGCUAAGGUUCUGCUGCCCCUCAUAGACCAGUACUUCAAAAAUCACUGCUUGUACUUUCUGUCAUCACCCAACAUCAGCCUGAGCAGCAGUGGCUACGCAUCCAACAAAGAGAAGGAGAUGAUCACCAGUCUAUUCUGUAAGCUGGCAGCCCUUGUCAGACAUAGAAUAUCACUCUUUGGAAGCGACUCCACCACCAUGGUCAGCUGCUUGCACAUCCUGUCACGCUCACUGGACUUCAGGACUGUGAUGAAGUCUGGCUCAGAGCUGGUGAAGGCUGGUGUCAGGACGUUCUUCGAGAAUGCAGCAGAAGACCUGGAGAAGACUCUGGAGAACUUAAAGCUGGGGAAGUUGGGUCAGUCACGCACCCAGAUGAAGGGCGUUACCCAGAUCAUCAAUUACACCUCAGUGGCCCUGCUGCCCAUCCUGACGGUUCUCUUUCAGCAUAUCACCCAAUACCAGUUCGGAGCAGAGCUGCUGUUGGAUGACAUUCAGCUGUCCUGCUACCGCAUCCUGACCAGCCUCUAUUCUUUGGGCACUGGCAAGAAUAUCUAUGUGGAAAAACAGCUUCCCGUGCUGGGUGAAUGUUUAUCUACUCUGGUUGGAGCCAUGCCUGUUGCCUUUCUGGAAUCCCACCUAAAUAUGCACAACCCCCAAUCUGUCUUCAACACCAAGACACCAAGAGAACGUGCUAUUUUGAGCAUGCCAGACACUGUGGAUGAGAUGUGUCCUGAGAUGCCCAAUCUGGACGGCCUGAUGAAGGACAUAGGUGACAUUUCUGAAUCCGGCGCACGCUACACAGAGAUGCCACAGGUCAUCGAGGUCAUCUUUCCCAUGUUGUGUAACUACCUGUCUUACUGGUGGUCAAAAGGCCCAGAAAACUCCCCAGCUGAUGCCAAUUGCUGCACAACUGUCACAUCUGAGCAUCUUAGCCUUAUCCUGGGCAAUAUCCUCAAGAUUCUCAAUAACAACCUUGGCAUUGAUAACGCCCCUUGGAUGAAAAGACUUGCAGUGUACACCCAGCCUAUCAUUAGCAAGGCUAGCCCAGAUCUUCUUAGAAUGCACUUCCUGCCGACGCUGGAGAAACUGAAGAAGAAGACAGUGAAGGUAGUGGCUGAGGAAGAGCUGCUGAGGGCUGAAAGCAGGGCAGACACUCAGGAAGCUGAACUACAGAUUCUGGAUGAGUUUGCUGUUCUCUGCAGGGAUCUGUAUGCCUUCUAUCCAAUGCUCAUUCGUUAUGUGGACAACAACAGAUCCAAAUGGCUGAAGCAACCAGAUUCAGAUUCAGCAGAACUUUUCAAAAUGGUGUCAGAGAUUUUCAUCCUUUGGUGUAAAUCUCACAACUUUAAAAGGGAAGAGCAAAAUUUUGUGGUGCAAAAUGAAAUUAACAACCUGGCGUUCCUCACUGGAGACAGCAAGACGAAGAUGUCAAAAUCUGGAGGUCAGGACCAAGAGAGAAGAGGAAAAAAGAGAAGGGGAGAGUUGUACUCCAUCCAGACUUCCCUUAUCGUAGCAGCUCACAAGAAGAUGUUGCCCAUUGGUCUGAACAUGUGCACUCCUGGAGACCAGGAGCUCAUUUCCCUUGCCAAGAUCCGUUAUAGUCUGAAAGACACCGAUGAUGAGGUUAAGGAUUACCUGAGGAAGAACCUCCAUCUUCAGGAGAAGUCAGCAGAUCCAGCAGUGCAGUGGCAGCUGAACCUCUACAAAGAUAUUGUGGUGAAGAAUGAGGGACCUCCAGACCCAGAGCAAAACGUGGAGAGAGUUCAGGCCAUCUCCGCUGCUGUCUACCACCUUGAUCAGGUUGAGCUGCCGCUGAGGAACAAGAAGAUGGUGUUUCAAAAGCUGCUGUCAAAGCAAAGAAAGCGUGCCGUGGUGGCCUGUUUCCGCAUGGCGCCACUCUACAACUUACCAAGAUACAAAAAUAAUAAUUACUUCCUGAAUGGCUAUCGGUACGUUUGGCUGGAAAAGGUGUACCAUACCUCCAGCUUUGACCGUCUGUUCUCCAUGCUAACGAAAACUCCCAUGACUGUGGUAGAGGAAGAAGAGGAAGAAGAAGCUGAAGUUCAGCCAGACCCUCUUCAUCAGCUCAUCCUUCACUUCAGUCACAAUGCUCUGACAGAGAGAAGUUUCCUAGAAGAUGAUCCUCUCUACAUUGCAUAUGCUGACAUGAUGGCAAAGAGCUGUGCCGAGAAUGAGGAAGAAGAAGAAGAAGAGGAGGGAAAAGAAAAAACGUUUGAGGAAAAAGAAAUGGAGAAGCAGAAGAUUCUGUACCAGCAGGCCAGACUUCACGCCCGUGGAGCUGCUGAGAUGGUGCUGCAGAUGAUCAGUGCCAGUAAAGGCCGACUUGGGCCUAUGGUGACUGGCACCCUUAAACUGGGCAUUUCUAUCCUAAAUGGAGGCAACGUUCUUGUCCAGCAGAAAAUGCUGGAUUAUUUGAAGGAAAAACGAGAUGCGGGCUUCUUUAAAAGUUUAUCUGGACUUAUGAUGUCUUGCAGUGUGCUGGAUUUAAAUGCAUUUGAAAGGCAAAAUAAGGCAGAGAGUCUUGGAAUGGUGACUGAAGAGGGGUCAUUCAACGUGAGAGAGCGGGGUUCAAAAGUACUACAAAAUGAUGACUUUACAAAGGAUCUAUUCAGGUUUUUGCAACUUCUAUGUGAGGGGCACAAUAACGAUUUCCAAAACUUCUUGCGGACCCAGACUGGAAACACUACUACAGUCAACAUCAUCAUUAGCACUGUGGACUACCUAUUACGCCUACAGGAAUCUAUAAGUGAUUUCUACUGGUAUUACUCUGGGAAAGAUGUCAUGGAUGAGGCUGGGCAACUUAACUUCUCCAAAGCUUUGGCAGUAGCCAAACAAAUCUUUAACUCACUCACUGAGUACAUUCAGGGCCCUUGUAUUGGGAAUCAGCAAAGUUUGGCACACAGCAGGUUGUGGGACGCAGUGGUCGGGUUCCUGCAUGUUUUCGCAAACAUGCAAAUGAAACUGUCACAGGAUUCUAGUCAAAUCGAGUUAUUGAAAGAGCUGAUGGAUUUGCAGAAAGAUAUGGUGGUCAUGAUGUUAUCCCUUCUGGAGGGUAAUGUGGUGAAUGGAACUAUUGGUAAGCAGAUGGUUGACACAUUAGUUGAGUCCUCCAGCAAUGUGGAAAUGAUCCUCAAGUUCUUCGACAUGUUCCUCAAACUGAAGGACCUCACUACAUCUGAUAACUUCAAGGAGUACGACCCAGACUGCAAAGGCGUUAUAUCCAAGAAGGAGUUCCAUAAGUCUAUGGAUAGCCAAAAGCAAUACACACAGUCUGAGAUUGAGUUUCUUCUCUCCUGUGUGGAGGCAGAUGAAAAUGACAUGUUCAACUACAAGGAGUUUGUGGAACGCUUCCACGAACCAGCAAAGGACAUCGGCUUCAACGUAGCUGUGCUCCUUACUAACCUAUCAGAACACAUGCCUCAUGACUCACGCCUGUCCACAUUCUUAGACCUGGCUGAAAGCGUUCUCAGUUACUUUGAGCCGUACCUGGGCCGUAUUGAGAUCAUGGGGGGUGGCAAAAGGAUUGAGAGGGUUUACUUUGAGAUCAGCGAGUCUAGCAGAACCCAGUGGGAAAAACCUCAGGUCAAAGAGUCCAAACGGCAGUUCAUUUUCGAUGUGGUCAACGAAGGUGGUGAGAGUGAAAAGAUGGAGUUAUUUGUGAACUUCUGUGAGGACACCAUCUUUGAGAUGCAAUUGGCCUCUCAGAUCUCCGAGCCAGACGCUGCAGAACCACAUGAGGAGGAUGAAGAAGAGGAGUUGCACAGUCUGCUUGAAGGAUUGUCUGAGGAGGAAGACGCACCUCUUGAGUCCGCCUCGGCCUUCACAGCAGCCUGCUCCUCUGUGAAGAAGAGCAUGUCUGAUUUCCGUAAAAUGCUGACAUUUAAGAGUAUGAAAAAACAGUUUAAGAAAUUCAGGAAAUUGACCAUCAGGGAAAUGAUCACGGGGUUCUUCUCCUUCUUCUGGAUGCUCUUCACCGGGUUCUUCAAAGGCAUUUUCGGCAUCAUUUUUGGGUUCUUCCAUAUUAUUUGGUCCUCCAUGUUUGGUGGGGGUCUUGUGGAGGGUGCUAAAAACAUGAAAGUGACAGAUAUCUUGGGUAACAUGCCUGAUCCAACACAGUUUGGGAUCCAUGGUGAUGUAAUGGAAGCAGAAAAAACAGAGAGCAGUGAGUUGGUGGUGUCGGCAGAUAUGGUGCAGAUGACCAGUGCUGGUGCUGAAAAGCUGGAGGCGGAUACGGUCAUGGAUCUACUUAAUCCAGCUGUGAAGAAGGAGGGGAAGCAUGGGGCAGAACCUGGUCUGGGUGAUGUCUGUGAAGUCCUGACAGAGUCUAGCGCCCCUGUUGAGAAAAAGAAGAGCCAGAAAGUAGCAGCAGAGAAGCCAGAAUCCGAGCCAGAGAAAGCUGACACUGAGAAUCAGGAGAAAGAAGACAAGGCUAAAGAGGAAACGCCUGAGGAACCAGCAGCAGCAAAACCAGCUCCAAAAGCCAAACGUGGCUCAGCAAAGGAAGAAGCUCCAGCAUUCAUGGCCAGCUUCUUUGCAGGGCUUGAAGUCUUCAAAGCCAAAAUGCUGAACUGCCUGGCUCGCAAUUUCUACAACCUUCGUCUUCUGGCUUUGUUUAUGGCCUUCGCCAUCAACUUCAUCCUGCUCUUCUACAAGGUGACUGGAGAAUUUGAUGAUGAGGAAGAGGAGGAGGGAUCCUGGGGUGGUGAAGAGGAGGAAGAUGACGAAGAUGAUGAAGGAAUGGAGUACUUCAUUCUUCAGGAGAGCACUGGCUACAUGGCACCCACAUUGAUGUCCUUGGCUGUACUGCACACGAUCAUCUCCUUACUCUGUGUCGUUGGAUAUUACUGCCUUAAGGUUCCUUUAGUCGUGUUCAAGCGGGAGAAGGAGAUCGCUAGGAAGCUUGAGUUUGAUGGUUUGUAUAUUACCGAGCAGCCGUCAGAUGAUGACAUCAAAGGACAGUGGGAUCGUUUGGUCAUUGCAACUCCGUCCUUCCCUAAUAAUUACUGGGACAAAUUUGUUAAGAGGAAGGUCAUCAAUAAAUAUGGUGACUUGUACGGGGCCGAGCGCAUAGCUGAACUCCUGGGUCUGGAUAAGAGUGCUCUGGACUUUGAUCCCACUGAAGAGGCCGUGGUGAAGGAGGCCUCCCUGCUGUCCUGGUUGAGCUCAAUCGAUACAAAGUACCACAUCUGGAAAAUGGGUGUGGUGCUGACAGACAACUCUUACCUCUACCUGAUCUGGUACACCAUCAUGUCUGUUCUGGGACAUUACAAUAACUUCUUCUUUGCCGCUCAUUUGCUGGACAUUGCCAUGGGCGUCAAGACCUUGAGGACCAUCCUCUCUUCUGUGACUCACAAUGGCAAACAGCUGGUGUUGACCGUGGGCCUCCUGGCGGUCGUGGUCUACCUGUACACCGUGGUGGCUUUUAACUUCUUCCGCAAGUUCUACAACAAGAGCGAGGAUGAGGACGCACCUGACAUGAAGUGUGAUGAUAUGAUGACUUGCUACCUGUUCCACAUGUACGUGGGUGUGAGAGCUGGCGGUGGCAUCGGUGAUGAAAUCGUGGACCCGGCCGGCGACCCGUACGAGCUCUACCGCAUUCUGUUUGACAUCACCUUCUUCUUCUUCGUCAUCGUCAUUCUGCUGGCCAUCAUUCAGGGUUUGAUCAUUGAUGCCUUCGGUGAGCUGAGAGACCAGCAGGAGCAGGUGAAAGAGGACAUGGAGACAAAAUGCUUCAUCUGUGGAAUCGGGAAUGAUUAUUUUGACACAACUCCCCAUGGCUUUGAGACCCAUACCUUACAAGAGCACAAUCUGGCCAACUAUUUAUUCUUCCUGAUGUAUCUUAUCAACAAAGAUGAGACUGAAUACACUGGUCAGGAGUCGUAUGUUUGGAAGAUGUAUCAGGAGAGAUGCUGGGAUUUCUUCCCUGCUGGAGACUGUUUCCGGAAGCAAAACGAGGACCAGCUGGGCUAGAGUACAUAUUGUCCUCAGUCCUAAUAUGAGAGAACCUAUAUGAGCUCCUAAUAUCCACAUGGAUUUUAGGACCUUGUACAGGUUGGACACAACACCCUAAACUAGCUCUCAUCAUAUGCUGCUCACUAAUUCAUCCAAUCAAAACAACCUCAAUCGUUUCUACACCAGAAAUGACAGCGACAUACUGAGAACUCAUUGUGAUCGAGCCAAAAAUGUGAACUCAAGUGCAACAUUGAGAAGAAAAAAAAAAACACAAAGAAAAGAAAAAAAAAAAAAACAUGUAGCACACAUUGCCAAAUUAAGACACAAAGCCAUGUUUGAUUAAAAAUCAUGGGAAAAUGCCUCAUUUGCUUAACUCACAAAUGCACACACACUUGUGAGAUAUGUUAACAUAUGUAUGUUUUUGAUGUUGAAUGAACGUCUACACAAAUAUGCACAAGAAUACCUUCUUAGUAUUCAACGAGUGCCAAACACAAUUUCUGCCUGUUUGAUUUAAAAACAAAACAAAAAAAAGACUAUGAAGAAUGUGCAAUGCCUUUAAGGACGGUACCCUGACUGGUGGAAUGAGAAAUAUAACGAUCAUCUGCUUCAGUCCACUAGCUGUUUCUCAUACAGAAAAGUGCCUUAUGACAACAGACUAUGCAAACAUUUUGUUCCUGCUCGUAUGUUUUGCUAUUUGCAGUUUAGUUUAGACUAUCGCUGACUCACCUGGGUU